AUGAAGCUUCAUGCGCUCAGUCGCGUCCCUGAGCGUGGCGUCUUCUCGCACGUGGGCUACCACAUCGUGCGCGUCGCGGAGAAUGGCGGUGGCACCAUCUUUGCGCAUCAGGGCGGCGCCUUCGACGCGUUGCCAGAGGCGGAGCAGGAGCGCUGGCAGCGGCUGGUGUCGGUCAACUCCAACAGCGGCGUCCUGCACCCGGUGGUGCACGAGCAUCCCAUCUCGGGGCGCAAGUCGGUCUACUUGCACCUGGGCAUGACGGGUGCCGUGCUCGAGGUCACGCCGCCUGCCAAUGACCCCAAGGGCAUCGAGAAGCUCCGGCUGCUCGAGCAGGACGAAAUGCGGCACUUGUUCCAGAGCUACAACGCGCUGCUCAACAAGGGCUUUGCAACGGGCGCGGCCGACCUCCUCGGCGGCGCGCCGCGCUACGGCGCCCUGGUCGAGCUGCAGAAUCUGAACUCCAAGCCCGAGCUCAAUGGCCAGCAGGGGGUCGUCGUGGGCGUGCUGGACCGCACCAAUGGCCGCGUGGCAGUGGAGCUGAUGGAGGGCCAGGACCCGGCGAAUCCGGUCAAGAGGCCGCGGAUGGCGGUCAAGCCGGAGAAUCUCAAGGAGGGCGAUUGCAUCUUCAUCGACAACCUCGCGGUCGCCCACCGCGCCUCCCCCGAGGCGCACAAGCCGAGCACCGAGGUGGGGCUGCGCAUCCUCCAUCGCACGACCAUCCGCGCGCCGCAGAACUUCGACCCGCCGUACGGCCUGCCGCCGGUGCUCAACGUGCUCGGCCCCAACCCACUGGGCGGCGGCGGCGUGUGGCAAGGCGGCGGCCUCGGCUUCCGCUGGGACGAGACGAUCCCGAUGCAGAAUUGA